UUUUUACUCUUUAUCAUUUCUAUUAUAUUUUAAAGGUUUUCUUCUAAAAAGAUUUAGAGAAUAAUCUAUUAUUUGCUUUGAACUUUAUAUAUCACAUACAUUACAAUGUCUAAGGGAAAGGUUUGUUUGGCUUACUCUGGUGGUUUAGAUACCUCAGUUAUCUUGGCUUGGUUAUUAGAAGAAGGUUAUGAAGUCAUUGCCUUUUUAGCCAACAUUGGUCAAGAAGAAGAUUUCGAAGCUGCUGAAAAGAAAGCUUUAGCUAUCGGUGCUACCAAAUUUGUUUGUGUCGAUGUCCGUAAGGAAUUUGUGGAACAUGUCUGUUUCCCAGCUAUUCAAACUAAUGCUAUCUAUGAAAACGUUUACUUAUUGGGUACUUCUUUGGCUAGACCAGUGAUUGCUCAAGCUCAAAUCAAGGUUGCUGAAGAAUAUGGUUGUUUUGCCGUUUCUCAUGGUUGUACCGGUAAGGGUAACGAUCAAGUUCGUUUCGAAUUAUCCUUCUACGCUUUGAAGCCAGAUGUUAAGGUUAUUGCUCCAUGGAGAGAUCCAGUUUUCUUCAACCGUUUUGCUGGUAGAAAGGAUUUAUUGGAAUACUCUGCUGCUAAGGGUAUUGAAGUUACUCAAACUAAGGCUAAGCCAUGGUCCACUGAUGAAAACAUGGCUCACAUUUCCUUCGAAGCUGGUAUCUUGGAAGACCCAGAUACCACUCCUCCAAAGGAUAUGUGGAAACUUACUGUUGAUCCAACUGAUGCUCCAGAUGUUCCAGAACAAUUUUCUGUUGUUUUCGAAAAGGGUUUACCAGUCAAGUUGAUUUUGGAUGGUGGUAAGAAGGUUGUUACUGACCCAGUUGAACUUUUCAUUGAAGCUAACUCUUUAGCUAGAAGAAAUGGUGUUGGUAGAAUUGAUAUUGUUGAAAACAGAUUCAUUGGUAUUAAGUCCAGAGGAUGUUACGAAACUCCAGGUUUGACCAUCUUGAGAAACACUCACAUUGAUUUGGAAGGUUUAACUUUGGACAGAGAAGUUCGUGCCAUUAGAGAUCAAUUUGUUACAACUACUUACUCCAAGUUAUUAUACAACGGUAUGUACUUUACCCCAGAAUGUGAAUAUGUUAGAAGCAUGAUUGCUCCAUCUCAAAAGACCGUUAACGGUGUUGUUCGUGCCUCUGCUUACAAGGGUAACGUCACCAUCUUGGGUAGAUCCUCCGACACUGAAAAGCUUUAUGAUGAAACUGAAUCCUCGAUGGAUGAACUUACUGGUUUCUCCCCUGAAGACACUUCUGGUUUCAUUGCCGUGCAAUCGAUCAGAAUUAAGAAGUUUGGUGAAGCUGCCAGAGAAAAGGGUAACACUUUGGAAUUGUAAGAAAAUUAGUAUUAAUAUAUAAAUAAAAUAAAAGGGAUAAAUGAAU